AUGAGCUAUAGUAAACCAGAUAAGAAGGGGUUUUCCGACGUCGAACUACCAUCCAACCCAAAUUUACCAAGUUGGUUAAUCACACCAAAGGAAGAGAAAGCCAUCUUUGAAAGAUGGAGAAAAAAGGCAUUUAAGCAGUGUGACGAAUACAUUAGGCGAUACGUGGAAUGUUCGAAUCUGUAUAGAAAUCCGGUGGAGGCGAUGCAAAAGUGUAAAAAAGUCAACGAGGCCAGUUUGGAUUGUGUUAAGCAAUACCAAAAGAAGGAAUAUCUUGAAAUCGAACGAGAUUUGUUUAUUAAGGAAAAACAAGAGAAAAAGAAAUUAUACAAGAUGAGGUUGCAGGAGUUGGAAGAGGAAAGGAAGAAGAAUAGUCAAGAGACAGUAUAA